CUACGUUCGGUCCGGGGAGAUCCGGAGAUAUAAGGAGCACCGUUGGAGAGAGCCUAACAGCGUUGAUUGGUGGGUGGAGGUUAGACACCAGAGGCUGAUGGAGCAGAGGUCGUAGGCACAAAUAGGUGGAGGCCAUGGAGGCGCAGUAGGAGCCGUGAAUUGGUGGAGCGGAAGGGGCUGGAGUGACUUGAUGAGGCAGCAGGACUUGCCGCUGGAUUCCAGGAAGCAGUUCAUACGAACAUAGUAUGUUUAUGACUGCUUGGGGGAAGUAGUCAGCGAAGUUCCAGACAUCGGUGCAUCUGAUGUUAUUGCUGAUGAUAAGCUUGGCAAAGGGAAAGCUGAAGAAUGGAAGUGAGGAGGAAUUAAAGAGGAAGAUAAUAAACUUAAGUCACUAUUAUCCAUAACUCCGUGUGGAUGUUGCAUAUUUCACAAUUCUCAUGCAUCUUUCAUAAUAAUUUGGCAAAAUAUCCAAUUUCACCCCAAAGUUUCACUACUGAACUUUCAGAUCGUCCGUUUCAAUCCCAUAAGGCCAUAACCUUCUCUUCUUCUGACUCAAAACUGUCUUGGCCCUCAUAUGGCAUGCUACGUUGUCACCCCUGGACAUCCAUUGCUGUUUCAUCACACAUGAAAUGUCUCUUCUGCCCUCGUUCUGCUCAGUUUCAAAGGGAAUGGCUACAAUAAUAUCUCAAUCCAAUCAACUAUGAGCAUCAGUUUUUACUUUUUACCUUGACGUUUUUGUUUCUUCCUUUAUCUUUACUUUCUCCUCCAAUGCUCUUGUUUUCCUUAGUUAAUUCUACUCUCACUUGUCACAUAAUCUAUCCAUAGGCAACCUUUUAUAGCUGCCAAGGGAGUGGAUUAAUCGCCGGUUGGAGAUUGCAUCAUACAUUCCUUAUAAUGGCUAGUUUGGAAACUUUAUCCCCUAGGGAUCCUAGACUUUUCCUGGGAUAGUUAAUCCAUGGACCAUGGGUAUGCUAUUUUACUUAGCCACUUAGUUCUCCACCGGGGGCUUUCCAUCCUGUUACACCUGAAGUAUCUGAAGAAGACACCUGAAGUAUCUGACGAAAGGGAAUGGCGAAGGUCUUCUCUGAAGCUUUGUGUCGGGUGCAUAACAGUGAAUGUAAUAAGGAAGAAUGUAUUCAGUAUUCAUAUCCUGGUAGUGUAUGUACAUAGUACCGGUAGUGGUGUACGUAUACAUACAGUUGGUCGUAUAACCGACCUAACAGGAGUCCAUAUAUGCUGUAAUGUCUGGAGAAGAAAAUUAUGAAAUAAACAAAAACACAAAUUACAUGUC